UUUCCCCCUCCACGUAAAACAUUGUUGUUGUGGAUUGUAAACAAGACUCCAUUGCGACUCGUCUGAUCGUCGUUGAGUAUAAGAGAAACUCACAACCUACCAACCGAUCUGUUGUUACCUUAAUCAUUGUUUUAUGUGUGUAUGUGCAUGUGUGUUUGCGUUUUGUGCCUUGUUAACCGUGUUGUGCAAUAAUUCUGAACAAUUUCCCUUUCAGUUGCUGUUUCACUGCUGAAUUCGCACGUCUGCUUCUCUCUUACGAAAUUGUUGAAUAUUUCAAGCGCGUAAACAAUUUAAUUUGAAAAUUAUUAUUUUUUUUAACGACGGUUAAACUUCAUUAAAUAAUAUUUUGGCGGCAUAAAAAUUCUCAAAUAAUUCUGUGUUUCUAUGAUUAAUGCACAACAACAAUAGCAGCAACAAAAAAAACGAAGACGUCAACUAAAAUUAUGAACGAUUAACAAGUGUUUAUGACUUGAACGACAGAACAAAUUUGUAAAAGAAACAAACAAACCAGCCAACCAUCAAACGUUUGCAACACGACACCUGUACAACAACAACAACAGAACAUGGAAAAUAAUUAUAAAUUAACAAUUAACACCACAAAUGCCGAACAGCAUCGUGGUUCGGUGUCAUCGACAAAUUCCCUUGAGGUGCCGGCAACACCAACGCGAUCACCGAAAAAAGUUUCAUUCUCCGAUGAUUUGCCCUAUGACAAUGGGGCGGGUGAUAAGGCCGGUUCUGCGGCCAAUCAACAGCAUAACACCAACAACCACAACAACAAUGCGUUGUCAAAAUCAAGUGAUAAAAUGAUUAAUAGUCUAAAUCUCAAUAGUACAACUACCUCGGAUCAACAGCAAAGGAAUACCUCAACAAUACGGCCGUCAACAACAACAACAACAUUGGAGCAUCAGGUGCAGUUGAUGGUGGAAAAAGAGCCACCAUCACAAAAUCCAGUGGAGUUUAUGUUGACACAAGCUGCACAGUAUUUGGAGAAAAUGCAUGCUCCUAACGUGGCCAAGGUGGUAGUACCUCAAGAAUCUCAUAGUAAAAAUCAGGCCAACGAUAGCCAUAAGUUUAAAAGUAGUUUAAAUAUAGAUUUAGUUGAUGGUGGCCAUCAUCAGAGCUCAGGAAAUGCAACAACAACAACAACAACGAAUCCCCAAAUUAUCACAACACCUACCCAAACGAUGUCGCCACCAUUAAACGCCACCACAGCCACAACAAUAUUGUCUUAUACCCCACCCUCACCCGUACCCGCUGUAUUACAUCUAACUUCACGUUCCGGCUCCAUUUCACCAUCUGGCCUGUCCACACCCUCAACGGAGGCAGCACGCUCCACAAAAUCUUCCACAUCAUCCGCCGAGUCAACAACUUCACUGGAGACUCCCUAUAAACCACCCAGAUCGUCUAUGAUAAAUAGUGGUGCGGCAGCCGCAAACAAGUCCACCCCCUGUAACAACGCCCCUCUGCAAGAGUGUUCCUCCGAUAUGCAAGAAAUUAGCGAAGAACAAGCCGAACAUGCCAUCAAAUACAUGGAGGGUUACAAUCUUAAUUUAGAUAAGAAUAACUGCAGUGCCAUGGAACUGGAAGCGAAACGUGAUAAAAUUCGUUGGCUGCUAAUUUCCGAAUGCAGCGCCUUGUUGGGCGAGGGGAAACAUACAAGAGAGGGAUUUCGCAAGCAAUUUUUACAGGAGGAAUUCCAAAAGAAACUUUUUCAUCUCUUCGACUUGGAUGGCAAUGGUUAUCUGGUGCAAGAUCGUUGGAUAGAACAUUUGAAAGGACGUUUGACCGAUGACAGGCAAAUGGACUAUGCCGAACAACUGGAAUCUGUGGCCUAUGUGAUCUGUGGAGAGAACAGCAAAAUUACAUUUAAAAAUUUCACCGAUAUAUGGCAUGCCCGUGGGAUUUUAGAUAAAUUAUAUCGUCUCAUAGAUAGCGAUGGCACCAAUUCCAUAUCCACAAAUCAAAUCAUGGAGUUCAUAUCUCAUUUAACCAAUUCCAGACCCCGCACUGGAUUCGAUAAAAGCUCCUUGGCCCGGCUGGAACAGCUCUUUCGUAAUACUGUGGGAAAUGAACGUGAAAUACGACGUGAGGAAUUCAAGAAAAUUGUUAUCUCCAAGAAUCCUUUCUUUACGGAACGUGUUUUCCAAAUCUUUGACAAGGAUAACUCAGGUUCAAUAUCACUGCAGGAAUUCAUUGAUGCCAUUCAACAAUUCUCAGGACAAUCGGCAGAUGAUAAAAUACGUUUUCUAUUUAAGGUUUACGAUAUCGAUGGUGAUGGUCUCAUACAGCACAAGGAAUUGCAUGAUGUCAUACGUGCCUGCAUGGAGGAGAAUGGCAUGGAAUUCUCUGAAGAUCAGAUUAAAGAUCUAACAACGGCCAUGUUUGAAGAUGCCGAUCCAUACAAUCGUGGCGAGAUUACUUAUGAGGCUUUGAAAAAUCAAUUACAUAAACAUGGUGGACUCUUGGAGAAUCUAAGUAUAACGAUUGACCGUUGGCUUGUGCCAAUGGCCCAGGAUCCACAGGCUGGGAAAACCAAAUCGAAACUAUGGAACUCCAUACCCAUUCCACAUCAAUUGACGCCGGCCUACAUGAAAAACAAUCAUGUCUUUGUGACCUAUCUCUUCUUCUAUAUUGCCAUAAAUGUGUGUCUGUUUGUGUCGCGAGCCAUCCAGUAUAGGGCUAGCAAUGGAUUUGUUAUUGUGGCCAGAGCGUGUGGACAAUGUUUGAAUUUCAACUGUGCCUGGAUAUUGGUAUUGAUGUUACGAAAUUCCCUAACCUAUUUGAGAUCCCGAGGUCUAUCCACAUAUCUUCCCCUCGACAAUCACAUCUAUCUGCAUAAACUCACCGGCAUUGUUGUAUCAGUAUUGAGUCUCGUGCACACCGUAAUGCAUCUCUUCAACUUCUCCAUAAUUGUCGUCAACGAUCCACAAAUCAAUGCCGGACAUUAUACCAUUGGAGAAUGGCUGCUGACAGAUCGUCCCGGCUUAUUUGGCCUUAUACCCGGUUGUGCAAAUCCCACUGGCAUGGCCUUGUUUAUUAUUCUGCUAAUUAUGUAUAUUUGCUCACAACCUUUUGUGCGACGCAAGGGCUCCUUUGAAGUGUUCUAUUGGACCCAUUUGUUGUAUAUACCAUUCUGGAUAUUGGUUCUGUUCCAUGGUCCUAAUUUUUGGAAAUGGUUUUUCAUACCAGGUAUUAUUUACACUGUGGAGAGAAUUUUACGUUUCGUAUGGAUGCGUGGUGAUCAUGGCAAGACCUAUAUUAGUUCCGGUUUGCUACUACCCUCGAAAGUUGUUCAUUUGGUUAUAAAGCGUCCGAAUAAUUUCAAUUUCCGUCCCGGAGAUUAUGUUUUUGUAAAUAUACCCGUUAUAGCCAACUAUGAAUGGCAUCCAUUUACGAUUAGUUCAGCUCCCGAACAAGAGGACUACAUGUGGUUGCAUAUACGUACUGUGGGUGAAUGGACCAAUCGUUUGUAUCGUUACUUUGAAAAGGAACAACAACGUUUACACAAUGGCAAAAUUAUUGCCCAUAAACAAGCGAUACCCACCUCAAGUCUCCUACAAAUCAGUGAAGAAAACUCCAAAACAAUUUCGUCCACACCCCAAACAGAUUUUCUCGCCCAAAACCUUGCGAAAAUUCAACAAAGUUCGAGUUUCGAUUCGAAUGUGGUUGCAAAGACACUGCAGGAUGUUCCCACAAAUCCAAUGAGACCACCACGUCACAAUUAUACACCUUCAAAGCUGGCCACCGAAAGCAUUAGCGCCAGCCAUGUGGCGGAACAGGCACGUGCCAGUAAUAGCAGUAGCGGAGAUCGUAUACGAAGCUUCAAGAAAACCUUACAAAGGACAUUUUCACGCAAGGAUGUAGCAUCGAAAGAGAAACGUUUAUCGGGUCACUCAAAUGAUGGAUUUGUGACGGACGACAGUGAUUUAGCCAGCAUCACAGAAUUGGGUAAACGAAGGAAAUUAAAGAAAUUAAUGGGUGAUAAACCACCGCUGGAGAAAAGUGUUUCCCUGCCCGACAUAGCAGUCAAGACGAAAAGGCGGGAACGUUUUAAGGCCUUACACACUUUGGGACGUUCAGAGUCGGAAAGAUCAUUUGAUGAGACACGCAUACGCAGAGCACGACUAAGUUCUGGUUUUGCCUAUAUGAGUCCACAGAAUAAGUCACUGGCACAGAGUUUCCGCUACAUGCGCAACAAGCCCACAAUUAUUGCCUUCAAAACGCCAAGUGUGGAGGAGAGUGAAACAGAAUUUACACCAAAACAAAAUCACACGGAACAGACAUGUAAUGCCAUACAGGCGGAGGAGGGAAGAGUAUCCACAGAUCACAGCAACAACAACAAGGACACUAAUCAUGAUGAUGCCGAUAUGGUGGUAUCAAAGCCUCUGGAGGAUCACACCAACCACCACUACAACAGUAGAUCAUCAACAACAACAAAUAACCGAGUAGGACGUUUUAGACGUCCCACAUUUUUGCGUUCAUUAUCGACCUCCAUUAAAAAUCGGGGCAGUAGUGGCAGUAUACCCGCCAAUGGUACAACUAACUCUGGUGGCAAGGUUAUACUUGAUGCUGGCGUGUUAGAGAUAUUCAUUGAUGGUCCCUAUGGUGCCCCAUCGUCACACAUCUUUAUGGCCCAGCAUGCGGUGUUGAUUGGCACCGGCAUUGGUGUCACACCCUUUGCCUCGAUUUUACAAUCCAUAAUGCAUCGCUAUUGGAAGGCCCGCCAUCAUUGUCCCCGCUGCCUGUUUGAAUGGGCCAGUGAUAUACCGAAAUCGGUAAUGAAUCUACGCAAGGUGGAUUUCUUUUGGAUCAAUCGUGACCAGAGGUCAUUUGAAUGGUUUGUCAAUUUACUGUCACAAUUGGAAAUUGAACAGGCAGAGCUGGGUGGAGCCAUGGAGAGAUUCCUGGAUAUGCACAUGUAUAUAACAAGUGCCCUACAACGUACCGAUAUGAAGGCUGUGGGUCUGCAAUUGGCCUUGGAUUUGUUGCAUGAAAAGGGUAAACGUGAUCUUAUUACCGGCCUUAAAACCCGCACCAAUGCUGGACGUCCCAACUGGGACAAGGUAUUUAAACAACUGCAGGCCCAAAAGAAGGGAAAAGUUACCGUUUUCUAUUGUGGACCACCACAAUUGGCCAAAACGUUGCGUAUCAAAUGCGAUCAAUAUGGUUUUGCAUUCCGCAAAGAGUGUUUUUAGAUAUGACAUACAAACGUGUGUGUGCGUGUUUUUGGACAACACUUAUGAUGAUACUCUGCUCACCCUCUCAUUUUAGUAAUAAUAACUUUUUAUCGUGUAAACUCUCAAAUAAGUUAAAAAAAUUUUGGCAUAAUACAAA